AUUAGAACGUGCACGCGCGCGCGCGAGAGAGAGAGAGAACAGUCUGUUUAUUUUUUUUCUCCGCUCACUUCGACCGUCGCCUACGUGACGUAGCGCGCGAACGCUUUUGGAGCGUUCUUUGUUUACAAAACAGCAGCAUCGCUCGAACGGAAAACACGGAAAAACGCCCGACACACGGCAGAGCGCCGCGUUUGGCUGCAGUUGUAAAGCUGCGCACGGUAAGGGCGUAGCGCGCGAACGCCAGGAAAGGAUAGGGACAUAUCGUGACCAAAAACCAAACGAGAGGGAGAGAGAGAGAAAAAAAACAAUAAACAUAAAGAAAAACACGUUCCAUCUAGUGCAUUGCUCGACAACGAUUUUCUUGCGUCUUGCGACCGGGAACCGUUGCAGUUGAUCUAGGAAAAGAAACGAGUGAGUGAGAGAGAGAGAGAGAGAGCGUGAGUGAGAAGUGGGCAGCUAUGUUCCGUACGAUUAAUCUGACGGGCGACAAAAGCAGCUUGGUUAGCAGCGGAGGCAGCAUUUCCAGCAAGGCGGCAAUGGCCACGUCCACCAGCAGCCAGCUCACGAAGCUGGGCCCGGACGAGCUCGGAGAGUCCUGGAUCGAGCUGUCAUCGAACACGAGCCCAAACGGUGGAGCACCAUCAUCGGUCGGAGGAAGCGUGACCGGAAGUGGUGCCAUUACCGGUCCACCAUCACUGGCCGGCAUCGGAACGAAGAGCCCGGACAGGACGACAACACCGCUACCAUUUGCGUCCGUCGAAGAGUACAUAAGACUGCUGCGGGAAGCCCAACGCGAAUCGAAGGAAUCGAGCCGCGUCGCGUCCCUGACGAGUUCGCGGAAAAACUCACCCCGCGGAAGCCCCAAAUCGCCUCCAAACAGCCCCAACACCGAGCUAGCCGCCACGGAGGAAGAUCUCCGAAACGUUUACAUCAACUACGUCAACAAGGAUGGUGACACCGUAAAAGACACCGACUGGGUAUGGGACUGGAGCAGUCGACCGGACCAGCUACCUCCAAAGAACUGGAAAUUCGAACAUCCCAAUCAAUCACAGGACGACCGAAACAAACCGAUCCACGCUGGCUACUCAAUACGGCAGGUCCGUUUUUGUAAAUAUUCGGUGUUUUCCCGCGAGUUUCUGUACUCGAUCGUUCUGACGAAUGUAUUAUCGCUGCUGCUUGGUGCGGGCAUUGGCGCCUGGCUGCAGAAACGGGGCCUACAGCUGACCCGCGUUUCGAUUGAGUAGAGACGCGAAUGGUUUUCAGCGCUCGUCGUCCCGAUCCCGCCGGAAAGUGUCCCGACCGGAAGCUUCUGCUCUGUAGCGUGUGCUCCCAUUCACGUCACGCCAUGGGCUAAUAGAGAAAAAAAAAACAGUAGACUUUGCCAAUGCUCCAGUUGGGGCUUUUCUUGAACUCGAGAUCGCUCCGGAAAACAGUGCUUUGUUCGACCGCGUGCGCAUUGUAACGCAUUUACUUUGUAUCGUAUGCGCGAUGGGAUGCGCAAGUGGCGUCCUACGUGCGGUUUUAGUCCAAAUUAUAAGCCAAAAGUGUAGUGGGGGAUGGAAAGGACGACGGAGCGUUUUGGGGGCGAAAUUCUUGUCUUGGCCUGGUGUUGGCAUGGAAAAGAGAGAGACACGUUUCAAUACGUGUCAAAUCAAAACAAGCGCAUGAUUUUGAACCGCAUGGUAGAGAUAGGAAGCGACCGUUGGUUUGGGAUACUUGGUGUGUUUUCUCAUGUGGACAAGAUACAAACGGUAGCAGUAGCAGAUUGGGGGAAGCGAGAACCAGACGUGUCGCUUUUGAUAGGCUAAGUUGUGGAAGAAGCGAAAGACACGCUGCAGAGAUAGCAGGUGAGUGAACACUAGCGAAUGCCAGACGAUAGCUUUAGGCGGAGGACAGAUUUUACACGAGAUUUGACGGUAAGGAGCGAGUGAAAAAAAAAGACACGGUAUACGUGCGCAGUGGGAACAAAAGUAAGAUUUCGAACGAUUUCCUCCGGACAGGAAUAGGAGAGGAGCAGGUUUAGUAGUGUUUUGAUAUGAUCUGGGAGAACGGAAGCAGCGAUGUAAUCCAUACAAUUUAAUUCCAUUUUUCCUACAAUAUUUAAUAGGCAGAGAUGUCGGUAGUUGUGCGAAAACAAAUCUACAACAACGUGCGCUUACAGGAAAGUACAGGUCAUGCAGGAGGACAGGAGCAAGAGAAGUGUGCCGUUGGGUGUGCUCUGUGUUUGUAAAGAAAAAAAACACAAAAAGUCGCAAACACCGGUACGACAGGGAAAUAUCUCCGCGAUGCGAUAAGUGAUAAGUUUCGAGUGUGUUAGGCUUUUCAUUAUUUUUUUUUAUAUUCACUUUCUAUUGUUUGUUAUUUAAAUCGCUUAUUUCUUUUCCUGGCUUUGAUUUGGCGCUUUUUCGCCAUCGAUCGAUAUUAAAUCCACGAGAGCGUGCGUGAAAUCGUUCAUGAAACAUUUCAUUCCACCGUUCGACGGGAUUAUAGGACGUAAUUUUAUAGCAUAAUUAGCGCUGCCGCGUGAUCCUCCCGGCGAUUAUGGCGCUGUUUCGGUUGGCACAGCUUUAGCAAAAUCAUCGUUCAUAUUCUGAUUUACUUAACGCGGUAAAGGCACCGUAAUCGGUGUUUCAUGUUUUUUACGUUUGAUUUUUGUAUACUUUACAUUUCUUUUUUAAAUCGAUCAAUUACGCACGCAUUAACCCGUUGAGUUCGUUUCAAUAAGAUAUCCCUUGCGUCGACGUGUUUUGCGGGAGAUAGAAGGUUGUUGCAACCUUUGAGGUACUCACAGACACACAAACACACACACGUCCGCACCUUCGUCGAUAAAUUUUACGGCCAAGUCGAAAGGAAUCUAGUGGUGGACGCCCCCCGUAAGAGAGGACGCGUAGAUGCGAGUGGGCAGUGGAACCCCUACACUAAUUGGUAUUCGUAGCUGAUCGACUUUUACUUUGUAUUAUUCCUUAAGCAUUAUACACAUCAAGUAAUAAAAUAAAAAAGGUAAAA